AAAUGCUCGGAGAGACUCUCGGGCGUUUACAUGAUGCGACCCCCAUAGGAACAGGUUAUAAAGCGCCACCCCGUGUAUGCUAGCCCAAAUCCAACUCUUCCUCUCAACUAACCAACCCCAACUAAUCAACCCCAACAUGACAACCACAACAACCGAAAUCGCAUCCAUCCCCAAACCAACCCCACAGAGCGGACGAGCCUGGUGGAAGGAAGCCUCCGUCUACCAAAUCUACCCCGCCUCAUUCAAAGACUCCAAUGGCGAUGGAAUCGGCGAUAUUCCUGGGAUAGUCUCCAAACUCGACUACCUCAAAGAAUUAGGUGUUGAUGUCGUAUGGCUGUCUCCGAUCCUGCAGUCCCCGCAGGUGGAUAUGGGAUAUGACAUCUCGGAUUACUAUGCCAUCCAUCCGCCUUACGGGACUAUGGAUGAUGUUGAUAGGUUGAUUGAGGGGCUGCAUAAGCGGGGUAUGAAGUAUGUUAUGGAUCUUGUUGUAAAUCAUACGUCGGAUCAGCAUGAAUGGUUCAAGCAGUCGCGGUCUUCAAAGACGAACCCAUACCGCGAUUGGUAUAUCUGGCGAAAACCCCGGUACACAGCCGACGGCGUGCGACAGCCGCCGAAUAACUGGGGUUCCUACUUUUCAGGCCCCGCAUGGACGUACGAUGCUGAAACAGACGAAUACUACCUGCACCUCUUCGCGCCCGAACAACCCGAUCUAAACUGGGAGAACCCCCAAGUCCGCGCCGCCGUCCACAAAAUCAUGCGCUACUGGCUUGAAAAAGGAGCAAGCGGAUUCCGCCUCGACGUAAUCAACUUUAUUAGCAAAGACCAGCGCUUCCUCGACGUCCCCAUAACCGAUCCGUCGAAAUCCUAUUCGGACGGUGCGAAAUAUUACGCGUGCGGGCCGAGAUUACACGAAUACCUCCAGGACCUAGGCAAGAUCUUGAAAGAGUACGACGCAUUCUCCGUCGGCGAGAUGCCGUCUGUCUACGACCCCGUCGAGAUCCUCAACGCCGUGGGGUUCGAGAGAGGGGAGUUGGGGAUGGCGUUCCAGUUUGAGAUUAUGGAUCUGGAUCACGGCCCGCGCGGAAAAUUCACCCCGGGCCAGUUCAAACUGGCCGAGUUGAAAUCCGUCGUGACAAAGUGGCAGUCGUUCAUGUAUGAGAAUAACGGGUGGAACGCGUUAUACCUCGAGAACCACGACCAGGGGCGGAGUAUCUCGCGCUUCGCGUCUGAGAAGCCCCAGUUCCGGGCACUUUCGGGGAAAAUGCUUGCGACGUUCUUGGGGCUGCAGAGCGGGACGCCCUUUAUCUACCAGGGGCAGGAGAUUGGCGUUGUUAAUUUGCCCGAGAGUUGGACGAUUGAGGACUACAGGGAUCUCGAGGCGAUUAAUUUCUGGAACGAGCUCACGGCGGCUUUCCCCGGUGAUGCCCAACUCCAGCAGCAGACGCUCAAGGAACUGCGUCUUAAGUCGCGCGAUAAUGGGCGGUUGCCGAUGCAGUGGGGGCCGGGAAAGUACGCCGAGUUCUCGUCUGCGACUGCGAAGCCGUGGAUUGGGGUUAACGAUGACUAUGAGCAGUGGAAUGCGUCCUCGCAGGUGUCUGACCCCGGCAGCGUCUUCAGGUACUGGGCGGGGAUACUGAAGCUACGCAAGGAGUUGGUCGAUGUGUUUGUUUACGGGUCGUUUACGCUCGUCGACAAGGAUCAUGAGGAGUUGUUUGUGUAUACCAGAGGAUUCGGUGACGAGACGGCAGUCGUCGUGACCAACUUUUCCGAGAAGGAGGUGAAGUGGGCCGUUCCAGCUGAUGUGUCCUCGGUCUUCAGUGACGGAAGGUACUUGGUGGGCAACUACGAGGAACGCAAAGCAAUUGGAUUUGGGGGAGACGUCAUUACUGUGAAGCCAUUUGAGGCUUUCGUGGUACUCAAGGAAGCAGCCAGGCUUCCAAACUAAGACCGUUUCAUCGUAU